AUGGUUCGUUCUUUCGCGGUAGCUUUGCUACUGCACACCACCCUUGUUCUUUCCAAAGCAACCAAGAACCCGAUCAUCUACGCCAACAAUGACACUAUUACUCUUUCGUCCAAUGGUUCCAAGGCUGAUAUCGUAGUUCUCGACUACGGCUACAGCGUCGAAGGCCAUCCCACCUUUGAAGUUGUUUCCCGCUCAGGCGACACCUCUGGAUUCGAGCUCACAUUCGCCGAGUCCAAGGCCGCCCUAAAUGCCUACAUGAGCGACGGCCCUCUUCCUCUCGCCGCAGCAAUGGAAACCUAUCGCGUGAACAAAUACAACAUCUCCACGCCCGGUCUCACCACCAACCGUCUAAUCCAAGGCGCCUUCCGCUACCAAAAACUCAGCCUUUCAUCAGCCGGUGACCUUAAGCUCCGACGCAUCGGCGUGAAGCCAACCGUUCACACCACCCCUCUUACGGAACUUCCUGGAUCUUUCGAAUGCUCUGACGCCGAUCUCACUCGUAUUUGGCAUACCGGCGCUCGAACUGCUCAACUUACCGAAAUCCCUAAGGAUACUGUUCCUGACUUUUGGCAAGUUACUGACGAGGGUUCUUUGGUCGAGAGCGCGGCUCCUCAGGCGUUGAGCGGUGCUGGUGUUGCGCAGGCUACCAGUUAUGAGGUUGACUUUGAGGUUAACCCUUUGACCGGAGAGUUCGUCUUUUCUGUUUUAUCUGAUACGUUGAACGACGCUGUUUUGAUCACCUGCAAUGUUGAAACUGGUGUCAUUUCAACGAGCACUUCUGCUUCUGGCACGAUUCCCAAGGCUGCCAACGUCACGGUCGGAGAGUGGCUCUCUGUCCAUGCCAGAGUCAACAUGACGGAUAUUCGAGUGUCUAUCAACAACCAGACCGCUCUCAACUUCAUUCAAACCGACAAAUUCUACGGUUCCUUUGGUCUCGGUGCACCACUCGGUCACUCAGCUUACUACCGCAACCUCCGCGCCACAACCCUCGAAGGCGAAGAGAUCUACUCUUCCAGUCUCACAGACCGAUCUUUCCUCGAUGACUUCCUCAUGGGUAACAACCCUCUCGACACAAUCGUCGACGGAUCACGACGAGAUCGCAUCGCCUAUGCAGGAGAUCUCGACAUCGCAAUCUCAUCCACCUUCGCUAGUACCUAUGGAAAGUCCUUUGUCGAAGGAUCUCUCGAUCUUGUAGGAUCAUACCAGACAACAGCUGGCUUCUGGAUUCCCAAUGCCAAGAUUCAACAAGCACCUCUCCCUGCACCUCUGCCUGUCAACAUCACCGGUCUUAUCGGCUAUUCCUUCAACUUGCUCAACGGCCUGGCUACCAACUACGAAGUCCUCGGCAACGUGUCAUUUGCCAAGGAAUGGGCACCUCGUGCCGUCCAAAUGCUGGACUGGGCUCACGAGCAGCUUGUCGGUGGCCUUUUCACUAUCGAUGAUCCUUCUCUCACCGGGGAUUGGAACUAUUACGAUCCUCCUCAGACGGGCGCUAGUACCAAGUUCAACGCCCUGUACGCUUAUUCUCUGCAGCAAACCGAGAAGCUUCUCAAGGCUGGUGGUGUGAACACAGGCAAGUACCAGUCUCGUCUUAAGAAGCUUCGCAAGGCUGUUCACAAGCAGCUUUGGAACGAGACUAUGGGUGCAUACGUCCUCAGCAAUGAGAUCACCACUGGUUUCUCUCAAGAUGCGAACGCUCUUGCUAUCUUGGCUGGUAUUCCCCAAGCCAAUGGCGUUUCAGCGAAGUCUUUGCUGUCUACCAUGGAAGCAGAGCUUCAACUCCUCGCUGGACCCCUCGCUUUCAGCAACAGCACUGCUGAGUCUGGCUUUGCCCAGAAGAUCAGCCCCUUCUCUUCAGCAUACCACCUCCGUGCUGCCUUCGAGUCCGCUGACGAACACGCCAUCCGUCUCCUUCUCAAGACCCUCUGGGCACCAAUGGCAAACCCCUCCAACGCCAACUACACCAACACUUUCUGGGAGACCCUCGAAGCCGACGGUACACCCGGUCUGGGAAUUAUGACCUCCCUCUGCCACGGAUGGGCCGCCGGUCCUACCGCUGAACUCAGCAAGCAUGUUCUCGGCGUUCAGCCCACCAAGGCUGGGUUUUCCGAAUGGAAGGUUCAGCCUAUGCUUCUUGGACUUGAGUGGGCAAAGGGUCGUGUUCCUACUGAGAAGGGUACUAUUGAGGUUGAGUGGAAGCUUGUCUCUGAUCUUUUGUAUAUGAAGGUUCAGGUUGUGGGUGAUAAGGGAACUAAGGGAACUAUUUAUCUCCCUGAGAAUCUUCCUGUUGCUGUGAAGGAUAGUGUUUUCGAGGUCAAUGGGAAGACUGUUAAGAAGACUAGCUUCUCUGUCAAGAAGGGUGAACAGAUUGAGAUUGUUCAGACCAGGAGAUAG